AUGAGAUCAAUUCUAUUAGUUUCCAGCCUUGUUACGGCCCUGAACGCGGCAUCCCUACAUCCCAAAUCAGACUUCAAAUAUCUCAUCACAUUUGGAGACAGCUAUACUGACAACGGAGUACUACCAGCCGAGACCAAUGUCACUGCCAGCGGAGGUUUGACGUGGCCUCAAUACGUUAGAAGCAGCACCGGUGCGACUCUUUACGAUUAUGCUAUAUCUGGUGCGACAUGUGACAACAAUAAUGUGGCACGAUGGGCGGGAUUUCUCAAUGCGAACUUCCCGUCCAUUAUCACAGAUGAGAUACCCUCAUUUAAGAAGGAUCGCAAGACAGCUUUAUACCGUGGUGUAACUGCGGCAAAUACUGUCUAUGCGCUGUGGAUAGGCACAAACGACUUGAGUUAUACCGGCAUCCUCAGUGACUCGCAAGUAGCUGGAACAAAUAUUACCACAUACAUCAACUGUCUUUGGUCUACCUUUGACGCAAUAUACGCAACCGGUGGUCGGCGUUUCGUUUUACUCAAUCUGAACGCCCUGCAGCUUGUAGGGCUUUACCGGCCACAGUCUGAUGGAGGCGCAGGAGACAACCAGUUCUGGGCAAACAAGACGCUGUACAACCAGACGGAGUACGCCCAGAAGAUGCUCGAAUACACUACGUCGGCAAACACAAUAAUUGACUAUGGAGUUCCGUUCAAUCUGCUCGUUAAAAACCGCUGGCCAGGUGCUAAGGUGGCAGUAUUCGACAUACACAGCUUCAUCACCGAAAUCUACAACAAGCCGAAGAACUUUUUGGAGCCGCCACACAACGUGAAAGGGUUCUUUCAUCAUUGCGACGUAAACGGUGCAAAUUGCGUGGAUGGUCCGGGUUCACUCGAUUCCUAUCUCUGGUACGAUGAGCUUCAUCCUUCAAACAAAACAGAUUCUCUUAUAGCGCAUGAGUUUGUUCAAGUUGUUUCAGGACAUUCGAAGUUUGGUACAUACUGGGGCCAUUGA